AUGGAAAAUGUAUUCCGACCAACUUUUCUGGUUCCAGUCCUUUAUACCAAAAAAGGCUGUUUUGGAGAAAUCAAAAAGAAUGGGGUAGAGGCGAUUGAGACUGGGAUGUCUACAACAAAAACUGCAGAUGUCAAUACAUACUCAGAAAACAGAUUUUUUCUAAAUCAAGGAAGACAGCGAGCUGAUGAAGCGAUGGUGAAUAUUUUGGUACACGUUACUUCAAAGUAUAACAAACGUAAAGGAGUCAAGAAGAAAAUAAAAAAGCGAAGAAAGAAGAAGUUUAAGAAGAGAGAUGCCAAGGUUGAUAUGAGAACGACAACUGAUAAGAAGCAAGUAACCCAUCUUUUUUUUAAAAAAAUAUUUAUGUUAAAUUGUCAAUCCUUUUGCUCGGAAAGACCAAAUAAGUGGAAUCCACUUCCUUAUGAAGAAGAUAAAUCUAAGGUUCCGCUGGUAGUCUUUGGGGCAGGCAUGUUUGGAAAGAACCUGGUUAAGCUAAAGGGCCUUACGGUGUGGUGUGACUGGGGGUUAUGUGGAGAUCAUUAAAAAAACGUGAAGCUGCAGGUGAGUUGAUCGCU